GGUUCGCAACGAUCGCGGCUUGAAAAAAUUCUCAAAGGUCUGAGAGCAUCAAUUUUUCGUCGGGCUGUCAACGCAGUUUUACAGAAUUUUGUUUGAUCUCGAAAUAUCGAGGGGAAGUGAAUCUGAAAUGAAAAAAAAAGGAAGAGAGAAAAAUCGCGGGGAGUAACCGCCUUCAUAAAGUGACUCGAACGAGAAACGGCGUGGGUGAUUCCUAAUUACGAUAAUGUAAUUAACGUCCGGCUAAUGCUGAGAAAAGGAAGCGAGCGAGACUCUCGAUGAGAACGGGCAUGAGAAGAACGAACGCUUUGCAAACUAUUUGGACGGGAGGUAAACUCGACGUGAUUGUUAUGGCUCAAUGAACCAAGCGCGAAAACACGGUAAAACUGGAAGCACUGCCGUCGAAUCGGAGGUUACGAGAAACGUUGAAAAGGCGAUGUUAUUCCGAUGGUUCCGGGAGAGCGGCCGAUGGAGGAUUAAAUGAUAAAAAUGGUCGUUAUCGAAAACCCGGUGACGCUGCUCGACUCUCGUGUCCGACAACUAUUAAUACGAGUCGCGAACUGGGCAAAUCAGCCGGUUCGAAAAUACCUGUUGUGUCGUAAAUAAGCGAGGAGAAGCCUCGGCUUUGUACGAAACGCGUUGAAUGUAGUACGCAGAACUGAAUCAUGGCAUCGAUUAUAACCAAUAUAUGGAUUUGCAAGCGGUGGAAAAAGAGUUACGAAACGGAGUAGAGAAACGUUGUUUGCGAGGGAGCAGAAGGGGUGGACAGUUUAUUCAUUCGAAGCGAUGUUUUUCCGUCAAACGAGGCCGCGGAGCAAGCCUUUUUAUUUUAAAUGCGUAUCGCGGGAGCUUCAGCGAUCAAAAUGUCACAUUGUUACUUCGGUGAAACGUUAAUAAAUUUAUAAUCGUUCGCUGAUCGACUGACUGACUCGAUGACUCAGAAAGUUAUUCGAAAGGGACAAGUGAAAUGUCAUUCAAUCGGGUCGAUCGGUCGGCACUGACAAAAGUGAAGAAUGGCUAUAUAAGACGCGUCACCGACGAGGAGGUCAAAACAUUGGCACUGGAAAUCGCUGGUACAAAUGUCGCCACUACCUAUAUAUUCGCACCGAAAGAUCCGAAAAGCGUUCUCGCCAUAGGCCUACCGUUUCUCAUAAUGGUUAUUAAGAACAUGAAGAAAUAUUUCACCUUUGAAAUAACGGUUCUCGAUGACAAGCGUAUGCACCGAAGAUUUCGCAUAAGUAAUUUUCAAUCCACUACCAAAGUCAGACCCUUCUGCACUACUAUGCCAAUCGGAUUGGCCGGUGGCUGGAAUCAGAUACAAUUUAAUCUUGCCGACUUCACCAGACGAGCUUAUGGCACAAAUUAUAUCGAAACAACGAGAAUGCAGAUUCAUGCCAACUGCCGAAUACGCAGAAUUUAUUUUGCUGACAGAUUGUACACCGAGGAUGAAUUGCCAGCCGAUUACAAGCUUCUAUUCCCGGAGCGUCGAGAGUCCCGAGCCCGCUCGAGUGUAAUGCAAGCUAAACAACCGGGAAGAAAAUCACAAGGAAGAAUAUCAGUGGGAGCAGUGCCGCCGGACGAGGCUCCAGGAUUCCGGGCUGAUUCGGAAAAGUCGGAGGAAAGAGAAGAAAGGCGAACGACACCGGUGGCCUCGGUCGAGCCUUCGAGAACGAUCGUCGCGCCGGAUCGAGCAUCGAGAGUUCAAAUCGAGAUUGAAGCGCUCGAAUCGGAGGGCGAAGAAACAACGGAACAUGAAAUAGAGCCAGAGUCCGAGCUUGAGGAAGCGACGAUCGAGGAACAAACGGAUCAACCGGAACAAGCUGAAGUUCAGGAACAAGAAACGGCUUUCGCUGUUGAAGAACAACGAGAAGAACAAGAGGAAGAAAGAGAAGAAAGGGCUGAAGAAGAGAGAGCAGAAGUAGAAGAAAAAGCGGUAGAUGAAAGAGAGGAAGAGGAAAGAGAAGAAGAAACCGUUGGCACCGCCACGGAAGACGAGAACGAAGAAGCUUUCGAACAAGACCUUUAG